AUGCACUCCGCGAAGACGCAGGGGGAUGCCGAGAGCGGAAUUGUAGAGAAGCUGAUGAACAUGCCGGGGGAGAGCGUGAGCUAUGCAAUCAAGAAGAGCGUCAAGAAUGGGUUCAUUAGCAAGCGCAUGUUUAACGUGUAUGACGGGUUGGUGAAGAGGCACUGUAGGGGGUUCACCUUCUCAGACGUGGUGCUUACCCUGCAGGCGUAUGCCCUCUGCAAGCAGAGGAACUUUGAGGUCUACUCUAUUUUGUCCAGCCGGGCGCUGCGCCUCCUCAGGGGGGUGGAAGCGGUGGAAGAGGAAGCGGCGAGGGAAAAGAGGGAAGACGAUCAGUGCGGCGAACGUGACGGUGGAAGCCGCGAAGGGGGCGAAGCGUACGACCCGGAAAGGCACAAUAACAUUUACAGGUACAUCCUGGCGAGCAACCAGCUUAACUACUCGGACUUUGAGCUGAUGCAGCUGCUCGUGGGGGAAAUCAAAAGGCACUUCCACCGCUACGAAAUGAAGCGCCUUUGCAGCCUCCUGCACGCGCUGACCAAGCUGAAGAUAAAUGAUGCGGAGUUGCUGGAUGGAGCAUGCCACCACAUUGUAGGAAACUUUAAAGAGGUUAGGUGUAACCACGUCAACCAUCUCAUUUCUGCCUACUCACCCAAGACGAGUGGUGGCAACCAUGAGGAGUUGCUUCUCCGGCUGGUUAAGUUCAUCUGCGAAAAUGUAAAAGCGAUGGACUCCAUUUCGGUGUACAACACGCUGGUGCAGAUUGGGCCCAUCCUGCAGAGGCUGUCGCGCCGCGGGGGUGGAGAAGUAGGGGAGGAAGAAGCCCCUCGGCGUGGGGAGGUGGACGAGAAUCGCAACAACGACGAUGAACAGGAGUACUGCCACUUGGCGAAAAGCACCCACGGAGGGGGCCCCCCAAAGGGCGCCAGCGGUAAAAACAGCAGUCACAGCAGUCACAGCAGCAGCCUGGGCGCCCCCGUGGACCGCGUUGUGCCGCUGCUCUUCGCCCGAGUUAACUCCUGCAUCGCCUUCCUCUCACUGAAGCAGCUAACCAAACUGAUGUGCGCCUACAGAGAGCUGAACUACUUCAACUACACCUUCGUGUAUAAGCGGCUGCUAGCAUUCCUUCUGUCCAAGCUGAGGACCCAGCACAAGGCCCUCCCAGGAGAGUACAUAAUAAUACUGGAGUUCUUUACCUUCCUCCCUUAUGUAGACGGCAACAUGAAAGAAUGCGUAGAGAUCAUCACGGGGAACAUCCCCAAGGUACUCUCCUACAACUAUGUGCACUUGUGCCGUCUGCUCCACUGCUGCAAGCGACUCUCAAUUUGUGAUGAUGCGAUUCUCUCCAGGGUGGACCACUUGGUUUUUAGAAACAGGAGUAGCUUCGAGCGGAUCAGCACCGUUGACCAGAUAAACUUAUUUCUUCAAGUGUACAGCCAGGGGUCUGGCGAGUGGGACGAAAUGCUCUCCUUCCUGCGCGCGCUCGUCGAGCAGAAGGCGGCUGCGGAAGGGGGGGCAGUCACUUCUAGCGAUUCAAGCGGUACUAGCGCUUCCAGCUGUUCAAGCGGUACUAGCGCUUCCAGCUGUUCAAGCGGUACUAGCGCUUCCAGUGGCGGAGGCGGCCCCGCGCAAAGCGUUGUAAUCACCUACAAGUACAGCAAGGCGCACAAGUGCUUUCACGAGUACGGGAGGGAGGUCUCCGUGGAGGGAAGCUCCUCUGUGGGGGGGGCCUCUACCGGGGAAGGAGGAGAAGACCCAGACCCCCUUCUCCCUGCGUCCCAGGGCGAUGCGGGCGGGGUAGGCUCUCUGGCCCCCUCCCCUGGCAGCGCCAGUCAAACCAGCAAGGCCAUUUGCGACUACUUGUAUGUGAACAUGGCGAAUGAGCGCGGGGGAGUUUAG